AUGAUCUCUACUUUUCAACAGCAAAAAGACCGUCUCAUGGAAAGUGCAAGAGGUAUAGCUGACCGUGUCAAAAAUAAUAGAAGUGAAAGAAAACUUUUUCUGGAUUUGCAGGAUACCUACGAGUAUAAUCGGGAACGAAAGCGGAUUCGGAUUCAAAGCUCAUUAAAAGUGGAACGUGCUGUUAAUAUAAUGUUGGAGAAAUCAGUUACCGAAACGGUUUCGACUCACACAACAAAUGCAGGUGACGAAUAUGAAAAUGAUGAUGAAGGUGGUGAAGAUGGUGAAGAUGACGAAGGACCACAAGAAGAAUCACAUAUUCGAGAGCUCUUGGAAUCGAAUAAUGAGCGAAUUUAUGAAGAAGUCUAUGACGAUAACACUAAUGACAACAUUGAUGAUAAUGUUAGCGAAGAUAACUAUCUAGAAGCCGUCCAUUUAUCUCAGAAUACUUCACAGGUUGCUACAGGGGAAGUCCUUAAAAAAUUGUUAACAGAAGUUGACAGACAGUUACUAAAAACGGCUUGGAUUUCGUUAGAAGCAUCUAAAGAGAAAUUUAAGACAAUCCGCCAGGACAAAUGGGACGAAAUUUUAAAACCACUUUUAAAAAAGUAUCAAAUAGCCUUAGUACCGAAAUCUGUGUUUGAUCAAACUUUGAUGUUUGGCGCAGUAACGCAAAAGAACUUAUACUUACCUAUUACUCCUAUUACUAUAAGACUCUGA